GCUAAUUUGAUAUCAUUUCUGUCGUCUCUUCAACAUAUUCUUGUUAUUUACAGUCUUAUGUCGUGAUUGCAGUAAAAUGCAACAUUAUAAACUAUGGACAUUUACCUAGAUUCCGCUUAAAUGUGUGAGCGGAAAACCAGAAGUUGACGCAGUGUUCCAUCGCUUCGUUUCUCCUUUAUCAGCGGAGAAACCCUGCUUUUAAAAUACAUUAUUUACAUCGUUUAUUGAACCGAAGAUGCCUGCAAUUCGGAAUAUCGAGGCUUUAAAAACGUGGCUGACAAAGAAACUAGAGCCUAUUUGCGAUGCUGAUCCAGCUGCUUUGGCAAAAUAUGUUGUUGCUUUGGUCAAAAAAGAUAAACCUGAAAAGGAACUUAAAAAUAUAUGCGUGGAUCAAUUAGAUGUAUUUUUACAAAAAGAUACUGCCAUUUUUGUAGAUACUUUAUUUGAGACAUUACAGAACAAGGCAUACAUGUCUUCAGCAAAUUUGUCUCCAGAAACAACCAAUGCCAGUGAAACUGCUUCUAAAAUUGAAACAAUUUCUUCUUCAAAGUUCAAGACAGAUGAUGUACUUGAUGAUGACGAUAGAGAUUAUCGUCGUAGGAGAAAACACAAUAAUAGUGCAAGUAAAAGCAGAAGUCGGAGUAGAAGUCCCAUUAGGCCAGAUAUUAUUAGGAAUAGAGAUGAUAGAUCACGUAGACGUUCUGAUGAAGACAGACGUGAUAGGUACGAUAGGUCUUACCAUGAUAGACAAAGUGGCUCAAGAUCUAGAGGAAGGUCUGAUAACAAAAGAUUUGACGCUAAAGACUCAAGCCACGGAGAUGUCGAUGAAAGACACGGUGACAUAGAUGAGCGGGAUAGGUACUCGCUACCUUCCUCGUCUACUACAUCCAUACCGCAGUCUACAUCAGCAUCCUCCAUCGGUAGUACUGUGGCGGUUGUCACCCACUCUCAGCACAGUGAUGUGGAUUGGAGAUCACAAGACAAUGGAGGUUAUCAAGACAGGGUUAAAAGUCAUGAAAAUCAGUCUCCAAAACCCCCUCCCCCUCCUCCAUUGCCUCAGCGGAAGCAGCGAUGUAGGGAUUAUGAAGAGAAAGGAUUUUGUAUGCGAGGUGAGCUCUGUCCAUUUGAUCAUGGCAGUGAUCCUGUUGUCGUGGAGGAUAUUAAUUUACCAAAUAUGCUGGCAUUUCCUGCUCCACCUUCUGUUGGACGUGGAGGGCCAAGAAUGCCAUCUGGACCUCCACCACGACAUCCACCACCACAACCCAUGCAAAGAAUGGGAAUGAGAAGGCCACCAUUACCAUCAUGUCCGCCUCCGCAGAGGCCACCCCCACCCCCGCCCCCUACUACAGGUGGCCCCCCUCCUCCUCAUGGACCACCCCCCUCACAGCCGCCCCCUCCCCCUCCACCACCUCAACAACAACAACAGCAACAACCACCUCCACCGCCGCCACCGUCAACAACCACCUCCCAGGUGCAGCAUAUUAGGACAUCAAGCAGCAGGGGGACACCCCCACCUCCUGGGACUGUGCCAUCACAGCCGUUACCUUCAACAGCAGAUAGGCUUGGCCAUAGAGGACCUCGUUAUCAACAACCUCCAUCAGAUCAUUUCCAAACAGAUGGUUAUAAUCCUGAACAUCCAGGUUUAGAUGAAGGUAUCAGUGGUAGAUCGUACUGGGGUGGUAAUACCAGACCUGUCAGAUCACGAGAACUGGUUGCCAUACCCUCUGCUGUAGAAGCAAAAUUAAGAGAGAAAGAAAGUACAAGUGUGACUUCUAGCAUAUCUGAUACUGCAGUGGACAUAGCAUCGCAGCAAACGUUGGUUACCUCAUCAGAUAGUGGUAGAACUGUAGUGGAUACACGUAAUGUUAUCAAUAGUGGAAUGAAUCGUAAACGAACAUUUAACCAAUCUGUAGGGGGGUACAAUCGCCCAUAUUCACAACAACAGCAUCAACAACAACAACAACAGCCACCGAUGCAGGAACAACAUCAUCAAGGUAGAUGGCAGGGUAAUAAAGACUACAAUCAUCCUGGAGGUUUUGUAAAAAGACCUCGUUAUGAUCCUGAUAAUAGGAAAUUGGAGAUCAAGAAAAUACCAAGGGAAUUAAAUAAUAUUGCAAAACUCAAUGAACACUUUUCCAAAUUUGGUACUAUUACUAAUUUACAGGUGGCCUUUGAUGGAGACCCAGAAGCAGCGCUAUUACAGUUUUCUACCAGGGAAGAAGCCAAAAAAGCUCACAAUUGUGAAGAAGCUGUCUUCAAUAACAGAUUCAUAAAAGUAUUUUGGCAUCGUGAAAAAGAUCAGGGUGGAAAUCAAACUCUGUCAGAUCAGUCAGGACAGGCACAACCACACAUCAAACAAUCCAUUAAAGAUCGUCUUGGGACGCUACCAACCAGAGAACAACUUACGCUGGUCAAGACCCCAGACUCUGAAAAGGUUGUUCUACAUUCAGCUGGCUUGUCAAAGACUGUUUACAACCCCUCUGCCCUGAAAGGAAAAACAGUAGCCCAAACGUCAUCACAAAUAGUUGCUGCCCAAGAUGCCUUAAAAAAACAGCUAGAAGAGAAAUCUAAGAUGGCGGAGAAGAGAAAAGGCGCUAUCAAGAUGAAACUGGACAUACAAAAACAGAAACAAGAAUUACUCAAUAAACAAAUACAACAACAGAAGCUUAUGGUGGCUAAAUUGGAAAAGAGUAAGAACAUGAGUGUUGAAGAUAAGGCUGCGAUUAUGAAGUCGUUAAAAAUGUUAUCAGAUCAUAUAGGCGGUAUAAAAAAGGAUCUAGUUACCAAGAAGACUGGCAUGACCUCAAAAACCAAACAAGAGGCUGAGAAAGAAUUGUUAGAUACUGAACUAGAACUGAUUUCCCAAGAGAGUGCAGGUCUAGACACUACUGACUUGAAAAAGCGUGUAUCCGAACUUAGAAUUGAAGCACAGUCACUGGGUCUGAUAGGUAUGGGAAGAGGUAGAGGCCGAGGUAGAGGCCGUGGAGGAUGGUCUAGAGGAAGAGGUGGUCGUGGCAGAGGGUACGCUGCCAGUGGGCUUGGCAGACCUAGAGUUGGCACAGUCUUAGAUAAACGUCCACGUAAAUUGACUUUAACUGGUUAUGAGGAAGAUGAUAAGGAUGAACUCUUUUCACAUUUUUCACAAUUUGGUGAAAUUGAGAGCAUAGAACACCUUGACAAGUCAACAACUUUGAGCUUUAAAACAAGACAAGAAGCAGAAAUGGCUGUCACAAGAGGUGCAACAUUUAAAGAUAAGAAGUUAUUCAUGUCUUGGUAUAAACCACCUACAAUAGCAGUAGAUGAGGCAUUAGCUUUAGAUGAUACAGAAGAUGCUGAUGAAGAUGCAACAGAAGAAAUUGAUGAAGAAUUGUUGCUAGGAUACGAUGAUGAAGAUGAAGAUGAUGAAUCAGAAGCCAGAUCAUGGAGGCGGUGAUACUGACUCUCAUAUGUACAGCAAAUUUAGGCAUACAGAGAAUUUUUUUUGUUCUUACCUAAAAAAUUGUACAGUGAAUUUUUUUUUGAGAAAGCAAAAGAAUGCUUGUAUAAUUGUUCUUUUGAUCUUAGUGUGACAUAAUGUAGCGGGGAUACAUUAGAGGAACUGUUACGCUAGAAUGUAUAUUGGGUUUGGUUUGAGUUACUGUGAAUUUGUGUGCCAGCUGCAGCUUGAUACAGAAUAUCAUGAGAUACUUCAUGCUGUGAAACGUACUCAGUGGUUGGCCUAUAGUUUGUUAAUCAAUCACAGUCCAGGUAUUCUGUCAGUUUUGGUGAUGUCAUUACCAUUGAUGGGCAAGUGAAAAGUGUAAAGCCAAUUGAAUU